UAUUCAUUUAUGUGUGUAGCCGUCUGCAGCACCUAUGGAUGGAUCUAGAUGUCUGUCCCACCACUGAGCCUGUUUUUGUUCCAUUACAGCCAAGGGCAUUCUGUCCGCAGCCAUAACAUUAAUAUUUAUAUUAUGAAAAUACUUAAAAAGGCGAGGGAAGGCUUCAAGAAUGCAUUUCUCCUCAGUCAUGGAGAAAUCUAAGAAACAGCUCUCUCUAAGGUCUCACUGGGGGUUUGAAGGUUUUGUCCAGGAAGCUGUCCUUGAGCUAAGUGUGUUUGACAUCUCGCCGUCUUUAUAAACCAAGUGGCCAACUCAGCCACUGUGGAAGAAAACUGAGCAUCAACAGGAAAUGGCAGGAGGAGCAGGAGUGUGUUGUAAUGGCAGUGGUAUGCUGUAUAAUCCCGUUGCAUGCUUGUUUAACAGAUUCACGACCGUUGUUUCCGAGAGGAAAUGGUGCCUGUCCACGCAAGUGAUGAAAACAGAGGCUCUGGGUUAAACGCUAACUCAUUUAAAAAUUUGGGCAAGAGCACUCACAGGGACACCGGGGAGUCACAAUUAAUUUGCAUAACAAUCGACACGAACAAUGCUGAGGGUGGGGAUGGCCGUGCCUGAAAAACUGUUGCAUGCCAACUAGGUCAGUGUGACUAAUUGGUGUCACCGUGGAAUCCCACUGACAGAUCCACUUCAGUGGUCGACACAGAGAAUCUGGUGAUCAUAAAUUGAGUGAUAUGACAUUCUGACAGUGUAAUCAAGCUUCCUAGAAAAAACGUCUUGGUAGCCCAUGGGAAACGGGACGAGCAUUUCCAAAAAUCUGAUCGAAAUAUGUCAUUUUCUCUACACAAGUGAAUCAAUGUGCUUAUUUUGUCUUGUCACGAGAUAUUGACAGUAGUUUUUGCCCUGACACCCGGUCACCUGACCCACCUCAGGGGCAGAUAAAAACAGGGACUGUUACUUAUUAUAUUGCUGCUUGUUUGGAACAGAUUAUUCCCUGAGCUGGUUUUCAAAACAUGUUGGAAAUUUUGCACAAAGUACAAAGUGUGUUUUUGUGACACAGACCCUAAUAAAUCACUGCAAAAAUAGCCUGCACCUGCUGUGACAUGGUAACCUGAUAGGCUAGAUGUGGCUAAAGAGACAGACGGCUCCCCUAAUUAAUAGGAUCCUGUCAUCAUUAUGUUUUUUUUCCUUCUGUAGGAUCACAUGGGGCUGAUAGCCAAAAGCAGUGCAGUGAAAGUAUUGAGCACAUACCGAUACACAAAUGCUUGACCCUGAAUUACAUCAUCAGUGCAAUAAGAACUAAAUAAAAUGACAGAAACCAUUUUUGGAACUAUUUCAUGUGUACUUUGACUUUUAAAUCUGAAACCAUCCCCAUCCAACAACAUUGAGGAGGCACGGUUUAUGACCUAUAGUGCAGCCAGCCACCAGGGGGCGAUCAAGAUGAUUUGUCUUCGCUUCAGGGGAGCUGUCAUGUUGUUCAUCUUGACCACGGCAAGAUCUCCUUCUGACACCACUGUAACGCAAGUAGUGGGGGGGGGGAAUCCACAGUCUCCGCAAAAAACAACUUCUAAAGUUCAGCUGAAGCUCAUCUCAGGCUGGAGCUGUCAGAGUUAGGCAAAUGAAGCCAGUAUCUUCACAGUCUUUAAAGUCACAACUUCCUCUUUGUGUUACUGCUGCUCUGAGGGAGGGGCUUCCCUGACCCUAACCCCUUUUCUGUUUGAGGGGGGCGUGCCCCGGGAAAAGCUCUGAGCGGCCCUGCUGGUCUCUCUCUCUCUCUCUCUCUCUCUCUCUCUCUCAGUGGACUCAGUGGCUCAUCGAUAUCCUCUCAGAGUUAAAUCCUUUAUUCAAUCAGCCGAUGUGUGGAGUCAGUCACAGGGAGGACUUGUGGCUAAAUCUCCCUCAUGUGUGUUUGGACUGUUUCGGAGCCACGUUGUUUUCCCACCGGCUGAAGAAUCACUCGCAUGUUCGAGCGCAAGUGAUCGACGCGUUCACCGGGGCAGACAGAGAGCGGAUGACAGCCAACCAUGAGACCUACCUUCUUAUGGCCAGCACCCAGAAUGACAUGGAGGAUUGGGUGAAGACAAUCCGAAGGGUCAUCUGGGCGCCUUUUGGUGGAGGGAUCUUCGGUCAGAAGUUGGAGGAGACGGUGCGGUUUGAGCGCCGCUUCGGGAACAAGCUGGCCCCGAUGCUGGUGGAGCAGUGUGUGGAUUUCAUCCGGCAGUGGGGCCUUCAGGAGGAGGGUCUGUUCCGGCUGCCUGGACAGGCCAACCUGGUCAAAGAGCUGCAGGACGCCUUCGACUGUGGAGAGAAGCCCUCGUUUGAUUGUAACACAGAUGUGCACACUGUCGCCUCCCUGCUGAAGCUCUAUCUCAGGGAGCUGCCGGAGCCCGUCGUCCCCUUCCAGAAGUACGAUGACUUCCUGGCAUCCGGCAAGCUCCUCGGAAAGGAUGAUGAAAUGGGUAUGAAUGAUUUGAGACGCCUCGUGGAAAGUCUACCUCAAGUCAACUUCAACCUUCUCAAGUACAUCUGCAGGUUCCUAGAUGAAGUGCAGUCGUAUUCAGGAGUGAACAAAAUGAGCGUUCAGAACUUGGCCACAGUCUUUGGGCCAAAUAUCUUGAGGCCAAAGAUCGAGGAUCCAGUCGCCAUUAUGGAAGGUACUGUUCUGGUCCAGCAGCUCAUGGCCAUUUUGAUCGGCCGCCAGGACGUGCUAUUCCCUCACAGCGAGGACAGCCCCACGGCCCUCGAGCUCGUCAACAACAACGUCGAGCUACCGCGGCGACAAGCCACCACAACUACCUCCGCCGUCACGACAGUGUCUCAGAACGCCGAGAACAACAACACGCAGGUGGUCCGCCACUGUGUCUGGGAAGCCCCUGAGUCUCCUUCGCACCGCCAACACGUAGAAAAGAGUGGCUCCCCGCGGCCGUCAAGCCCUCGCAACGGUGUCACUGGCCGCUUCGACAUCACCCGCAGCCCCCCACUGACUAUUAAAAAGAACCCGGCGUACAGUAAAGGCAGCGGGAUUGUCACAAACGGCUCCUUCAGCUCCUCGCCCUCCUCGGACCCCAAUCAAGAGAAGAGCCAGACUCUGAGUGGAGGAGGGAGUUUACCGAUGCGGCGCAGUGGGGCCCUCAAAGGCUCAGGCACAAAAAUGGGCACCAGCGGCGUGGCGGGUGGGAGCAGCACUGUUGGGAACGGAGUUGUGCGCAUGGGCAUUUCAGGCACUGAUGUGGUCACAGGGGGCCUACACGGCCGCAACAGCCUCUGGGCCCCAAACGGCUGCGUCACGUUACGGGUGAACAACAAAACGCGCGACGGCUCCAACGGGGAACAAACCGCCAAUCAGAAUCGUCUGUCCACGUACGACAAUGUCCAGUUGAACCACCAGAACCUGCAGCUGCAGAACCAGAUCACCAACACGUGUCUAAACAGCAGCUGCGAGGACAAGCAGAGCGUGGACAGCGCCACCUGGUCCACAUCCUCCUGUGAAAUCUCUCUUCCCGACAACUCCACUUCCUGUCGUUCCUCCACCACCACCUGUCCUGAGCAGGACUUCUAUGGAGGUCACUACGAGGACCUGGAUGGACCAGCUCAGGAUACAGAACCUCCACAGUCUGGUGGAGGAGGAGGAGGAGAGGGGGAGGGCCGAGGCAGCAACAGGGAAGCAGGAGGGGACGGAGCAGGGAGGAGCAGCCGAGGAACCAGCAGCAGUGAGAACAGUGACGGUUUCCCUGCUGCUAACGGAGCCGGCAGCCACAGCGCUCUGCACAGCUUAGUGGCCAGUCUCAAACAGGAGAUGCACAAACAGAAGACAGAGUAUGAGGCCAGGAUAAAGAGCUUGGAGCAGCGCAACCUGGACCUGGAGACGGAGAUGGUGAGCCUCCACGAGGAGCUGGACCAGGAGAGGAAGAAGUACACCAUGGCCGAGAUCAAGCUGCGCAACGCCGAGCGCGCCAAGGACGACGCCGAGCGGCGAAAUCAGAUGCUGCAGAAAGAGAUGGAGCAGUUCUUCUCCACGUUCAGCGACCUCACUGCGACCGGCAACGCCACGGCCACGGCCACGCCCGCUGACCCACGCCGGCCAGAUCGCGCCAACGCCAUCUGGAUACAGUGAGGGAGGCCGGGGGGGGAACAUGGUGCUGAUAAGACUGUGUAAGACUCAAUAAUGUGAUGUGAACAUUACCCAGGCUCCAAACGGGAUUUGGAUGCUUGUUGUAGAAGGAAAAGUGGGAAGUUUCGUCAACGGCAUGUUUUAAUUUAAGAAAUAGCUGGUGUGCGGCUGAUGCAGGUCACCUGUAGAAAUGUAGACGUCACCUGGAGUGAUGUCAGAGUGACAUUGUAAAUACAACAUUAAUUUAAACACUCGCCAACCCUCUUAGAAACUGUCGCGGUACCUGCUCAUCUGACCUGGUGGUGGAAUAAAGGGACUGUAAACCUGAGGAUUUACAGUGCUACCAUUGUUUUAUAUUAGCUCCUAGAGCCGGAUAGAAGGGGAAGAAUAAACAUUUAAAAAGGUUGUGAUCAGCGAAAACGUGGAAAUAAAAACGGAGCUGACGACGAUGCCAAAUCUCCUCCCUGUCUUUAUUCAUUUGUUUUUUUUUAAAUCUAACCAAAAAAAAAAAGAAGAAACAUCCUAUUGUUCCGUGUAAUUCUGUAUCUGCUCGUGUACAUAGAGGGAAACAAUGCAGACAAGCCACAGCAGCAUAUGUAUGUAAAUGAGAAAUGAAAAGUACUGCGUAAAUGUUUAUCUGAUAUUUAAGCAAAGUUAUCAAUGUGUGAUAUUUUAUAUUUUUUUCCUUGCACUUACAUGUUUUGUUGAGUGUCGCUCCAGUUGGUACUGAAUGUUGUAUCACUUCAAUGGGACAGUAUACUGUACAUGUGCCUGUGCUUCUGUGCUGUUGUAUUUUAUUCUACCCCAUGACCAAAAAAAAAAACGAGCCUGUACUGUAAAUAUUUUAUAAGUGUAGACACUAAUUGUUAGUCUGUACUGUGGUUUUACGCGUAUUCAGACGGAUGUGGCACGUAUUCUAAAUGGACUGAUGCUGAUUGGAAGAAUGAUGUCGCUUGUAAGAAAAAAUACAUUUGCACGGUGACGACCUGCGCGACGGGUCAUAGGUGUAAAUCCCAGAUUGAAAUAAAAAAUGCCUGUGGGCGGAUUCAUAAAUGCAGGUGACAAAAUGUGCUUUCCCAAGUUAGAGAUGGUGUCGAUGUGGAUGCUCUUGCAGAUAGCGGCUUACGGUCGGUUAGAAAUACUCCCCUGUAGACUUGUGAGCAUUUCUCUCACCUGACACGUCCCAUCCUCACCUCUGCUCAGAAUAACAAGCUGGAGCUACGGCACAGUUGCGCUUUUGUAUCAUGACUGUGAAAAGGGGGAUUUCAGCAUCAAGUGUGUCAACUCUGGCAACAUUUACAGCUUGAGAUUCUCGCAUGACUGUGCACGAGGGUCAGUGUCUGCAAAGUGACUGCAUCUUUCAUGAAGUCCCUGCGAGUGCAUUUAUUCAGCUUCGAACCAAACGUGGAUUUGACUGAUGCAGAACAGGUCACAUCUCAGUACAGACCAGGGUUGGGCUUCUGUGAGUUGUUUGUAUGUGCAUGUGUGUGUGUGUGUGUGUGUGCGCACGCCUGCUGCUGGUCAUUGCAGGACAUCUGGAAUGUGCACAUAGAGCAGUAAAAGAAGAAAAAGUGCCUGAACAACUGAAUGAGGGAGAGAAGGGGAGGGGGAGUCGACUGUGCUUCUUCUCAUUCUGCAGCCCUCACUGGGAAAUAAUAGGCUUAAGCCAAGCCGACAGUGUCACCUCAUUCUGUGAAUUCCACACAAAAGAGCGGUGAGAGCGAGAGGACGACUGGGCCGGAGGGGUGAUUUCGUGACAUGAUACUUGAUACACAGAGGAACUUUGAAAAAUGGUUUAAUAUGAAUAAAGAUGCAUUUUCAUGUUA